AUGUCUUCUAAUAAUGACAAUGCCAUGACGAGAUUUCUCUUCGCCAUACUACGGCAGAAGAAUCUCAAGGAUAUCAAUUGGGAGCAAGUUGCUCACGAUCCUAUCCUCGCCCAGCCGAUUACCAAUGGCCACGCUGCCCGAAUGAGAUACUCGCGAUUCAAAUCUGCUAUGUUGGGCCUUGAGCCCACCAAACGAACUCGACCUACCUCUCCAAACUCUAAAGUUACAAAAUCUAAGAGAACUUCGAAGCCUAAGAAGCAGGCAACCGUGAAGUCCGAGUCGACCACACUGGAGUCGCCUCAUGACGCAUCGUCAGAGUCCCCGUCUUCUACUUCUCAGAAGAUCAAGCAGGAGAGUGUGUACAACUACAACAACCGCAUGACCCCGGCUUUGACACCCGGUCCAGUAUCGGUACCUUCAACCACUAUCUCGAAUACUGCGAUGCUGCAGAACCGAUUUCUCACCCCUGUUAGCGAUACGGAUGUAUUUGCCGCAUCGCCGAUCAUGGCAUCCACUCCUACAACUGAUAUGAUGCAUUCACAAGCUCAUUUCGAUUUUCAGGCAUCAUCAUACCCUGACAAUGUCGAUUCAACUUGGGCACAUGGCACCUCACACUUCACUGCUGCCUAUCCCUUUGAUGAAUACACUAAUACUGGUACUUACGAGCAUGCACAUCUUCAGCCUUCACUCCAUCCUCAAUAUUCCCUUGGUCUUCCCAGCCAAUCCAUCGAGAAUGACAUCGAGCCAGCCGAUGUCAAGCGGGAAGAUUGGACCCUGUAUGACUAA